AUGACUACCACCAUCGUAAAGUUGAUGAAAUUUGCUCACCUUUCACGUCUUGCUCCUUCCACCACUCCGACUCACCAAUGUCUACUCGCCAGUGUUACCCGCACCAAGAAUGCAACUCAGCAUCCUGGUCUUGUAGACGCGGUCCCGAAGAAGAAACGUCGCACGGCUGCAGAAGUAGCUGCUGAGCGUCAGGCUAAGUUAGAUGCCAAAGAAGAAAAGGAACGUGCCAAGGGCGCUGGGAUCAAGCGUGUUGCUGAAUAUGAGAAGAAACAAGCAGAAAAGGACGCGUCAACCGAUGCUACCCCGCGGGCUGCAGUCUUACCGAAGUCAAAGCCCCGUCCAAAGCCCAUUCCAAAGAAGACUCGUGCAAAAUCACCCACUCUGCCUCCUGAAGACGACAGAUUCAUUUCUGAUGUCGAGAUGGACGACAGCCGUCAUUGA